GCUCCGUCCACUCCGUGUGAUGAUCUUGCUUAUUUCACUUAUCCGAGUCGGACAAGCUCAAGUUCUGUCUGUGGAGCCGAAUUCACCUCAAAUAUUCAGAGGAGAGACGGUUACACUCACAUGUAGGAUUUCAGGAUGGAGUGGACUGUACUACUGGUACAAAGAUGGUGUUUAUAGUCACGGUUCUGCUGAAAAUUACUACACUAUAAAAGUAGAUCAGAGUCACAGAUACAGAUGUUACGGGUCUAUUUAUGGACGGUCAACGGCAUGGAGCGAUGAAGUGACUCUCUCAGUGAUAGAGAGACCAAAAGCCGUUCUGACUCUGCAGCCUGAUGGACAGAUAUUCAGUGGACAGGAAGUCACUUUCACAUGUGAAAUACGAGGACAUGCAGACACUGAGUGGAUGUACAACUGGAAUAAAGAUGGUGUCCAAAUAUCCUCCUACACUGAGAGCAGGAAAUAUUCAUUCACUCCUGUAGAGUCUCUCAGCGCUAAAUACACCUGCAGCGGACGGAGAAGAAGCGACUCUCAGACCUCAGAGACCAGCAACACUGUUACACUCACUGUGUCAGAAAAACCCAAACCGACUGUGAGAGUGAAUCCUCAGCGCUCCGUCUACACUGGAGACAGAGUUACUCUGAACUGUAAUCUGCUGUCUAAUGGAUGGACUUUCCUCUGGUACAAAGAUCGAGUCCAAGUAGCUGAAGACACCAACACACUCCAUGAUACAGUCUCUAAUGCAGGAGAAACAGUGUAUCAGUGUAAAGCACGCAGAGGAAACUACGACUCAGAGCUCAGUGAUACAGUUACACUUACAGUUAGAGUGCUCCCAAAACCUGUGGUGUCCAUAAAUCCUGAUGAACAGGUGUACAGAGGAGAGACUGUCACUCUCAGAUGUGACCUACAGGAUGAAGAGGACUCUGACUGGAUCUACAGCUGGAAUAAAGAUGGUUCUGGUGUCAGUAGUGAACAGGAGUACAGAAUCAGUAGUGCUGAAACAUCUCAUGCAGGUAAAUACACCUGUAGAGGAAGAGAGAGAGGAGGCUCACACUCCUCACACACCAGUGAUGCUGUUACACUGACUGUAUCAGGUGAAUCUCCUCCAGUGUCUCUGAUCAUCAAUCCCAGCAGAACUCAACACUUUACUGCUGACUCUCUCUCACUGAGCUGUGAGGACCAGAGUGACUCUACUGGAUGGACAGUGAGAGGAUACACACACAGUGAGGCAGUGUCUGAUUGUUCAUCAGUUUCAGGAUCUACAUGUAACAUCAGCUCCCUCUCUACAUCACACACUGGAGUUUACUGGUGUCAGUCUGAAUCUGGAGGACGCAGUAAUCCUGUCAACAUCACAGUGCACCAUGGUCAUGUGAUCCUGGACAGUCCUGUCCAUCCUGUGACUGAGGGACAUCCUCUGACUUUACAUUGUUUAUCUCGCAACUCAAAUACCUCAGCUUCUGGUGCUGAUUUCUAUAAAGAUGGUUCAGUCCUGCAGAACAAGACUACAGGAGAGAUGACCAUCAGUACUGUCUCAAAGUCAGAUGAAGGUUUCUACCACUGUAAACACCCAGAGAGAGGAGAGUCACCCAAAAGCUGGGUUUCAGUCAGAGGU